GGCUUCACUAACCUCCUCUCGCUGGUUUGCCUUUGGGGUUUGAGCCAGAGAAGUAAGUUAAAUGUCACUUUAUCCGUUUUCCUGGACAACGUGUGAAACAAGAACCUGCAUCAAUCAUGCUAUGCCACAUAACUCGUCCGGACUCUGUGGUUGUGGAAGUGGAGGUGGACCCAAAAGCAAACGGAGAGGAAAUUCUUAAUAAGAUAUGCUGGAAAAUGGGGAUCAUUGAGGUGGAUUAUUUUGGACUCCAGUUCACUGGUACAAAGGGAGAAGUUUUAUGGCUCAAUCUCAGAAACAGAUUUUCUCAACAAGCAGACACCCUGUCCCCCUGCAGACUGAGGCUGCGAGUCAAGUUUUUUGUUGAACCCCAUCUAAUUCUGCAAGAGCAAACAAGACAUUUGUUUCUAUUGCAUGUAAAGGAGGAGCUUUUCAAAGGAAGCUUGCGAUUGGACAUGAUGCAGGCUAUAGAGUUCUGUGCGUUAUUGGCUCAGGCAGAGUUUGGAGAUUACAACCAUAACAUGGCCAAUUACUGCUACUCACAGAUCUAUGGUCAAGAACCCAGCCAUGACACCAUCAAUAAUAUUUGUUGGAGGCAUAAAGAGUUGGAAGGUGUCAGUCAAGCUUCUGCAGAAUAUCAAGCCCUGCAGUUGGUUUCCUCCCUUAAUAACUAUGGUGUAGAGUGGCACUCUGCUCGUGGCUCAGAGGGACAGGAGCUGCUCAUUGGGGUUGGACCAGAGGGCCUGUUUGUCUGCAAAACGGAUUUCACACCUAUUGAAAGAAUCAUGUAUCCAGUCAUUCAAAUGGCCACUCAAUCUGGAAAGAACGUAUAUGUGACCAUCACAAAGGACAAUGGAGACAGUGUGGUGCUCCUCUUUAAGUUCAUCAGCCCCAGUGCUGCCAAUGGACUGUAUCGUGCUAUCACAGAGAUCCACACCUUUUACAGGUGUGACACGGUAAUGAGCUCAGUAAAGAUGCAAUACAGUCGGGACUUCAAGGGUCACCUGGCCUCCCUGUUCCUCAACGAAAGCAUUGACGUUGGUAAACGGUAUAUGUUCGAUAUCCAGCGGACGUCCAAAGAAGUGUAUGACCGUGCCCAGCGUGCCCUGUUCAAUGCAAGGAUGACUGGAACUGAAUGUGGGAGCAUGCGAGACAGCUGCAGUCCCUCGUCCUCUCCGCUGAGGCAUGUGAAAGUUGCGAGGGAGGAGAGGACAUGCAUGAGCUGCAGAGAAACUCACAUUCUGAGGGAGAGGCUCCAAAGGCUAAAAGAGGCUCUGACCUGCGCUCUGUGCUGCGAAAAAGAGAUCAAUGCUGCCUUCUGUCCUUGUGGACACAUUUUAUGCUGCUAUAACUGUGCCAGUCAACUUCAGCUUUGCCCAGUGUGCCGCUCAGAGGUGAACCGUGUUCAGCAUGUUUAUUUACCCACCUGUGCUAGUCUGCUUGGCCUGGUGGAGGCAAAAUAUGUCACCUACAAUGCACCCAGAGGGACUGCCAUCUCAGAGAACUGUGACAAUAAAGAAAAGAGCUGCCAGAUGUAGAAUGGAUAAUAUCUGCACACUGCAUAUGGACUGGUACACUAUCCACAUACUCUUUAGAAAGUAAUGACAUUUUUAUGAUAAAUAAUCUAUGGUUCUAUGGAGUCAGCAUCAAAGGAUAGUAGUUCACCCAAAAAUGAAAAUUCUAUCAUCAUUUACUCAAUCCAACUCAUUUACUCAUGUUGUUCCAAAUCAGUUUGGCUUUCUGUCUUCCGUGGAACACAAUAGAAAGGCAGAAUGUUAGGGAGUGACAACCUCAGUCACUAUUCACUUGGUGCAAUGAAAGUGAAUGGUGUAAUAUUACAGAUUAAAGCUGGCUAUCUGUAAGUACCUUGAGAAAUAACGACUGAACUGUCAGUGCUGCAACAUUCUUCAAACUACAGAAGAGCAGCCUGACAGUAUAGUUUUAUUUAUGUUUCUUGUUUAAUCAAAGGCUAAUUAUACUUUACAGGAGUAAACAAAUAAUUAAUACUGCAGGGGAAAAAACUGUAUGUCAGCACAACCCAAAUAAAGAGUGUAUGGUAUUAGAAAACAAUACAGAGAUGCAAAUAUUUGCAGGGUAAUGUGUUAUAUGGUGCCUUAAUAGUCUUUAAUAAUGUAAUAGACUUUAAUACUUUAAUACCGAGCCACAAAAUAUCAUUAAUGCAUAAUGUGUAUUGCUUUUUCUCAAAAACUCAUAUUUAUUUUAUGUUCUGCAUACAAGUUCCAGCAAAAAUGUGUAAGUUGACCUGAUUGUAACAGGAUGCAAUUGUAACAGGUCUCGAUAACACUCCACACCAAGAAGGAUUUUUAAAAGGUA